CUAUCCUGGUUAGCCUGGUUAGCCUGGUUCUGGCCUGGUUAGCCUGGUUCUGGCCUGGUUCUAGCCUGGUUAGCCUGGUUGGCCUGGUUCUGGCCUGGUUCUAGCCUGGUUCUGGAGCUGGAUUUGUCAGAAGCAUUUAGGGAAAACUUUACCCCAGAUUGAAACCACUAUCUUUGACUUCGUCAUCUAUUGUUCUCUCCAAAGUGUUGGCAUCUUACAUAAGAGACAUGAGUUUUUCUACAUUGUAAUGAACAUGGUGCAACCUUGUGUCGGCAGGCUUCGGCCGCAGUACAGCAAAGCCAAGUCGGCCCGUGCUUAUGGUUCUCACAGGGGAAGUGAAGUGAUUGGCUACAAUGACUUCAUGAUGCACGUCUCAAAUGACAUGUAACGACAGAAUGGAUAAACCUGUUUCUUUAAUUAUCUUUGCUGGUGCAUGUUCAAUGUAGCAAUAAUGUACGAGGUGGUGUGUUAUAUGCCCAACUCCACGUUGUUUCGUGCAUGGACACAGCCCUUAGCCGUGGUAUAUUGGCCAAACACCACAUACCCCCGAGGUGCCUUAUUGCUAUUAUAAACUGGUUACAGUAGCAACGUAAUUAGAGAAGUAAAAUGACAUGUUUCAGCAUUCAGGGCUGGAACCAUCCAGUUUAUAAUAUAGGAUAGACGCUUGUGGUUUCUAGCUGCACCAAUCAGAGCAGUGAAGCAUGUCGUCCUGAAACAACACUUUAGUGGUCAAAACCAUUCAUGCAAUUAUAGCAUUUAUAAAAUGGUCAGUUCCUAUCUCUCACUCUCUCGCUAUAAUAUAUACUAUUUUAAUACUGAUCAUUGUCUGGAAAAAGUGAAAAGUGGAGGUGCAAAAACUUUAGUUCCUCCCUGUUUUAAUUUGCUCCUUGGUUCAGGUGGCCAGGUGUAUGUUACGGAGGAAAGCUGCUUGGCUCAGGUGGCCAGGUGUAUGUUACGGAGAAAAACUGCUUGGCUCAGGUGGCCAGGUGUAUGUUACGGAGAAAAGCUGCUUGGCUCAGGUGACCAGGUGUAUUCUACGGAGGAAAGCUGCUUGGCUCAGGUGGCCAGGUGUAUGUUACGGAGGAAAGCUGCUUGGCUCAGGUGGCCAGGUGUAUGUUACGGAGGAAAGCUGCUUGGCUCAGGUGGCCAGGUGUAUGUUACGGAGGAAAGCUGCUUGGCUCAGGUGGCCAGGUGUAUGUUACGGAGGAAAGCUGCUUGGCUCAGGUGGCCAGGUGUAUGCUACGGAGAAAAGCUGCUUGGCUCAGGUGGCCAGGUGUAUGUUACGGAGGAAAGCUGCUUGGCUCAGGUGACCAGGUGUAUGUUACGGAGAAAAGCUGCUUGGCUCAGGUGGCCAGGUGUAUGUUACGGAGAAAAGCUGCUUGGCUCAGGUGGCCAGGUGUAUGUUACGGAGGAAAGCUGCUUGGCUCAGGUGGCCAGGUGUAUGUUACGGAGGAAAGCUGCUUGGCUCAGGUGGCCAGGUGUAUGUUACGGAGGAAAGCUGCUUGGCUCAGGUGGCCAGGUGUAUGUUACGGAGGAAAGCUGCUUGGCUCAGGUGGCCAGGUGUAUGUUACGGAGGAAAGCUGCUUGGCUCAGGUGGCCAGGUGUAUGUUACGGAGGAAAGCUGCUUGGCUCAGGUGGCCAGGUGUAUGUUACGGAGGAAAGCUGCUUGGCUCAGGUGGCCAGGUGUAUGUUACGGAGGAAAGCUGCUUGGCUCAGGUGGCCAGGUGUAUGUUACGGAGGAAAGCUGCUUGGCUCAGGUGGCCAGGUGUAUGUUACGGAGAAAAGCUGCUUGGCUCAGGUGGCCAGGUGUAUGUUACGGAGAAAAACUGCUUGGCUCAGGUGGCCAGGUGUAUGUUACGGAGAAAAACUGCUUGGCUCAGGUGGCCAGGUGUAUGUUACGGAGAAAAACUGCUUGGCUCAGGUGGCCAGGUGUAUGUUACGGAGAAAAGCUGCUUGGCUCAGGUGGCCAGGUGUAUGCUACGGAGAAAAAAGCUGCUUGGCUCAGGUGGCCAGGUGUAUGUUACGGAGGAAAGCUGCUUGGCUCAGGUGACCAGGUGUAUGUUACGGAGAAAAGCUGCUUGGCUCAGGUGGCCAGGUGUAUGUUACGGAGGAAAGCUGCUUGGCUCAGGUGACCAGGUGUAUGUUACGGAGAAAAGCUGCUUGGCUCAGGUGGCCAGGUGUAUGUUACGGAGGAAAGCUGCUUGGCUCAGGUGGCCAGGUGUAUGUUACGGAGGAAAGCUGCUUGGCUCAGGUGGCCAGGUGUAUGUUACGGAGGAAAGCUGCUUGGCUCAGGUGGCCAGGUGUAUGUUACGGAGGAAAGCUGCUUGGCUCAGGUGGCCAGGUGUAUGUUACGGAGGAAAGCUGCUUGGCUCAGGUGGCCAGGUGUAUGUUACGGAGGAAAGCUGCUUGGUUCAGGUGGCCAGGUGUAUGUUACGGAGGAAAGCUGCUUGGUUCAGGUGGCCAGGUGUAUGUUACGGAGGAAAGCUGCUUGGUUCAGGUGGCCAGGUGUAUGUUACGGAGGAAAGCUGCUUGGUUCAGGUGGCCAGGUGUAUGUUACGGAGGAAAACUGCUUGGUUCAGGUGGCCAGGUGUAUGUUACGGAGGAAGAACUUUGCAGAUGUUUCUGAUUAAUAUACAAUGUCAUGCUGUUGGGUGGUUACAUUGAAAUAAAACCCUGACAAUAAAUGUAGACUGGAAAGUAUUAGCAUGUUAUGUCCUAUUGGGGAAACGCAGCGCUGACAAUAAAUGUAGACUGGAAAGUAUUAGCAUGUUAUGUCCUAUUGGGGAAACGCAGCGCUGACAAUAAAUGUAGACUGGAAAGUAUUAGCAUGUUAUGUCCUAUUGGGGAAACGCAGCGCUGACAAUAAAUGUAGACUGGAAAGUAUUAGCAUGUUAUGUCCUAUUGGGGAAACGCAGCGCUGAAAAUAAAUGUAGACUGGAAAGUAUUAGCAUGUUAUGUCCUAUUGGGGAAACGCAGCGCUGA